GAAAUGAUGAUUUCGAUGAUUGUUUUUUUCCAACAAAUUUCAAAUUAAAAUCUAUUAUUAUUAUCACCUUUUUCAAUGUCGAUUCUCAAGGAAAUCGAUUAAUUAUAAUACGAUUAAAUAUCAAUAAGUUGUCAAAAGUGGAAUAAAAACGACAAAGACAACAAUUCACUAUUUAAAGUUUGCUUUGUGAUUAAUUUUUUUUUGUUUCAACGCUGUGUUGUCUUACCUUUGAUUUUCUCAACGAAUAUGACGAAAUUUUAUUGGACCAUUUCAUUGGUCAUAAUCUUGGCAUUGAUUUUGCAUGUUCAUGGCCAUAGAGAGAAGAAAAGCUAUGAAGAAGAAUGUGAAAAUGAAGAGGAAAUGGUCGAAAUAUGUGGCCGAGAUUUUCUCAUUUAUACAAAUGAAACAAUGGCAUCAACAGAAGCUGAAAUGGAUACAUUUUGCCGAAUCUACAAAGAAAAAGAAAGAUGCCUUCGUGACCAUUCUAACAAAUGCCUUUCUCAUUCGGCUAAUCAAGCAAUCAUGGAAUUAAUUCGAACCAUAUCGAACAAGAAUAGGAUAAUUUGUUCAAGUAAACAACGACGAAAUGUACAGAUUCGUGCCAAUCAUUGUUUAAAUCAACAACGUUUACAGCGACCAAAUUUUUGUUACAAUGGCUUUGUUCAACGAAUUCAUGGUAUUCAUCAAUAUAGUCAAGAGGAAAAGAUUCCAAUCAUUUGUUGCAACUAUCAUGAAUUUUUGACCUGUCUACGAAAUCAGCUAAAAUCAUGCGCUCAUAACUUGAUCAAUAAUUUAUUGAAAUUGAUACAAAAUUAUUCUGGUGAAACGUUAAACUAUGUUUGUCGUGAAUAUCGAAAUUCAAACAAAUGUCAGAAUAAUGGCAUGAUCAACGACGAUAAUGUCAUAAAUGAAGCUAGACCAAAGACAUUUUUUUCAUUAUUGGUAAAAAUUUAUCUAUCUUAGUUAAUUAUCAAUUUAAUGGCUUAAAAAUGGUAUAUAAUGGCAUAUUAAAAUGUGUGUAUUUUUGAUUUAUUAUAUAAUAAUAAUCUUAUUUUACAAGAAAAAAAAUAAAAACGCCAAAGAGGAGGAAAGAAUGAUUCAGAUAAA